AGUUGGAGAGGUUGAGGCGGGAGGAGGAGGCAACAACAGCAGCCAGAGAGAGAGAACAGCUGGGCCAGACAGUACUCAGCCUGGAGCAGGAAGUCAACCACCGGCAGCUGGAGAUACAGACGGUACAGGCCCAGAUGACCCAGCUGGAACGCUCCCAUGCUCAGCACCUCCUGGAGGUGACGUCCCACCAUCGCCGGGAGAUGGACUCGGAGACAGAGAGGCUGAGGGCGACGCAGCUACAGGCGGAGAGGGCUCUGGAGACCAGGGAGAGAGCCCAUCGGCAGAGGGUCACAGUCCUGGAGGAGCAGGUGCUGACGCUGAAGGAGCAGUUGGACCAGGAGAUGAGGAGGAGGCAGGCCUACGUCAACCAGAUACUGAGAUAAUGGGGUGCAUGCUAACCAGUGGCCCCUGGCCCCUGG